GGAAUCGCCUUCCACUUUGAUAUCAUCAAAUCCACCAGUUAUCAUUCAUGAUAAUGUCGAGUCUGGCUUCAAAAUCAUUGAGGCAGGCCUCGCGCCUUUGCUUAAAGCAAUCGUCACCAGCUGCUGGACUGCUGAGAAGCUCUGCGUUUGCUCGGGUGGCGUCCACAUCAAGGAGGGGUUAUGUUUCCGAGACGAAAAAGGAUAGCGCUCAAGUUACUGUUGAUACUGCGAUUCGAUCGGAACAGAAAGCUUUCUUUGAAGAGACUGGCAAACACGCUCAGGAUCAAUCCAUAUCUGGAGCUUCUGUAAAUGCCGAUGCGAUGAUGAGUCCUAUGGCUGGUGUGCUUAAGCAAGCUACUGUCAUGGAUGAAGGCAGCAGACCAAUUUACUUAGAUAUGCAAGCUACCACUCCAUUAGACCCACGAGUACUGGAUAAGAUGCUACCGUUCUAUACCGGCUUAUACGGCAACCCACAUUCGAGGACUCAUGCUUAUGGUUGGGAAACCGACACAGCGACGGAAGAAGCAAGAGAACACAUUGCUACACUGAUUGGAGCUGACCCCAAAGAGAUCAUUUUCACAAGCGGAGCUACUGAAAGUAAUAACAUGAGUGUCAAGGGUGUAGCGAGGUUCUUUGGCAGGGCGGGAAAGAAGAGGCAUAUCAUCACAACUCAAACAGAGCACAAAUGUGUAUUGGAUAGUUGUAGGCAUUUGCAAGACGAAGGUUUUGAGGUUACAUAUCUACCAGUGCAGAAAAGCGGCCUGGUUGAUAUGGCUGAACUUGAAGCCGCUAUUCGACCCGAGACAGCCCUUGUCAGUAUUAUGGCAGUCAACAAUGAAAUCGGUGUCAUCCAACCGCUUGAAGAAAUAGGUAAACUCUGCCGCUCAAAGAAGGUCUUCUUCCACACCGAUGGUGCCCAAGCUGUUGGUAAGAUUCCUUUGGAUGUCAACGCGAUGAAUAUUGAUUUGAUGUCAAUUUCAUCUCAUAAGAUCUAUGGACCAAAAGGUAUCGGCGCAUGUUACGUACGCAGAAGACCUAGGGUCAGACUUGACCCAAUCAUUAGUGGAGGUGGACAAGAGAGAGGUUUGAGAAGUGGUACUCUCGCGCCUGCGUUGGUGGUAGGCUUUGGUGAAGCUUGCCGCAUCGCAAAGGAGGAGCUAAAUUAUGACCAUGCUCGCGUCAAAAAGCUUUCGGACAGACUCCUCAAGGGCCUCCUCGCAAUGGAGCACACCACUCAAAACGGCGACCCAGACCAUUUCUAUCCAGGAUGCGUGAAUGUCUCUUUCGCUUAUGUCGAAGGAGAAUCUCUUUUGAUGGCACUUAAGGAUAUUGCUCUUUCAUCAGGAAGUGCUUGUACAUCUGCCUCCCUCGAACCCAGUUACGUCCUCCGGGCACUCGGUAGCAGUGAUGAGAGUGCACACAGUAGUAUCAGAUUUGGUAUUGGACGCUUCACAACUGAGUCUGAAAUUGAUUACGUCUUGAAAGCAGUCGAAAACCGAGUCACAUUCCUACGAGAGUUGAGUCCACUUUGGGAGCUCGUCCAGGAAGGUAUUGCUUUGGACAGUAUUGAGUGGAGUCAGCAUUAAAUUUUUGCUAAGAAUUAAAUGAAAUUUGGCGGGGUAUUGGCGUUUUGUGAUAUCACUUCAGCGGGAUGGAGGCUCUUUUGGGUGUAACAUAGCGAAUGAUUGGGCGAAAAUCUCACCCUCCAUGUAUACCGAUUAAAUGAUAAUGAAUGCAACAAUAGCAUAUCGAAUUUAAGUGCAUCUCA